AUGGAAUCGGUAAAAAAAUCGGUCAUAUUCGGAUUCACACCGAGGCUAGGAAAAAACAGACUGUGGUUCGGGGCGGGAAAGUUCUCGCUCAAAAAGUACGAUAACUUCACAGUGCGCACAAUCCUGACAGUGCUCCUGAUCGCAGGAUUCCUACUGAUACUGCUGGCAGGACACUUCUACAUUACAGUGCUGGUGGUGCUGUGCUUGAUAAAGAUGUACUACGAAAUCAUAGCACUGCACGACAAGACGAUCAACUUCGCAGUGACGUCGGACGAGGAGGGCACGACGCCCUCAGCGCACACGAAUGCGUUCUCGUCAUCGUCAUCGUCAUACGGGAACGCAAACAGCCCACCAAACGAACUGGUAGAUUCGUUCAACAGGCUCUCAGCAAGAAGCGAAAGUGAGACUAGCGCGUCGAGAAGAUUGAGCCACAGCACAGCAGGAAUGGGCACGCCGAGAACAAGUAACACGGGAAGCCCGAGCGUCGGAAGCGGAAGAGAAAUAAGAAGAGACCGAGGAAAGACAGUAUACUUCUUCUCGAAGGCGCCGAACCUGCUCUCAUGGGUGUCGCUGGAAACUUACUCACUCUGCAUCACGCUGGCGCUGGUGGGAGUGCCCUGGCUAGUGCCGAGACUGCAGCACUACAACAACAGGUUCUCAAGGUCGCUGCUGUACCUGACGAGCUACCACUACCUCAUCUCGUUUAUCCUGGCAGUGGCAGGAGUGAUUAAGUUUGUAGUCUCAAUAGAGCGAGGAAGGUACAAGCAGUACUUUUUGAAGUUGGCAAUGAUAGUGAUAUCACUGCUGUACGUGGUGUGCCAGGGACUGAUGGUGAUCACGAACAUCUACUACGGGCUCGUCUGGUUCCUGUGUCCGCUGGUGAUGGUGAUCGUCAACGACGUGCUGGCAUACCUCUUCGGACGCUCAGUGGGAAGAAGGCCGCUGAUAGUUAUCUCGCCGAAAAAGACAGUCGAAGGAUUUCUGUACUCGGCGCUGCUGACAACGCUCUCGACAGUGCUCAUGGUGCCAUUCCUGGUGAGGUUCAAGGCGAUACUGUGCCCGACGAACCACUUUAACCUCAUGCCGCUCGUCUGGCUCUACAACAACAAGUGUAAGCUGCCAGCACUCUACGACCUGAAGAAGUUCGUGCUGCCGGGCGUCCUGGGGAAGCUUCUGGCGAAGCUGCUGGGACGAAACUACCUGCUCUACCGCGAGUUCACAAUACACAUGCUGGUCCUCAGCGUAUUCGCGAGCCUCUUCGCACCCUUCGGAGGAUUCCUGGCCAGCGGAUUCAAGCGCGCGCUUAAGGUGAAGGACUUCGCAAACGUUAUCCCGGGACACGGGGGACUGACCGACCGGUUCGACUGCCACGUGCUCAUGGGCGGCUUCACCUACUUCUACCUGAAGACAUUCGUGCGGAAGCAGCAGCUGGUGGAGGUGGUCUACAAGAUGUUCCUGAAGCUGCCGAAGCAGCAGCAGCUGGAGCUGCUGAGCAAGCUGCGCCAAAUAUCCCACUGA